AUGAAGUGGACAACGGGUCUGCUCUUGGCAGUGGGGCUACUCAGCCUACCAUCGCCGGGAUUGGCCUCUCGAAAUCUGACGGAAUUCAUGGGACAUCGACAGAAACGCUGGCUGAUCUACCAGAAUAGCGGGUCCAUGAAGUUCAGUAUUGGUCCAUCGACGCCGAUUCCCUUGGAGGAUAAGGUGUCCUUUCGUUCCUGUGUGCUCUCCUUCACACUCCAAGGUGGAUCCUAUUCCCUGCCCACCUCAGCAAUCUGGCCGUGGGACAAGUGGGAAAGCACCUUCGCCCGAUCCUUGACGCAAAUGCGAAAGAAUAUUGAGCGCCAUGUGGCUAAUGGCGGAGUGCGAUAUGCGGAUGAUGCCAGGCUCUUGGUCUACACUGCCAUGGAGGAGUAUAUGGGCAGGAGGAACAAUGACCAUUCCGUGGGCAGACAAUGCCUGCUGCGCUCCAUCUGCGAGAAUGCUCAGAUCCAUCAUCACAUCGGUGUGUUCUCGGAAAUUAUGGAUAUCAUACUCAGUCCCGGCAAAGCGGAUCUGGACAAUGCCUACCAUGAGGCCUAUGCCGCAGGAAGAGCUGGAGCCAAUUGCUUGGGCCUGUACAAGACCUGUCCUCGGGGUCUCAACUUCCUCGACGGGCUUUUGAUUGCGGAAGAUGAUUGA